AUGAGUGCAGAUCCAACUCAACAGUCCAUGGCAAUUGAAAGGCUCCUCAAUCCUUCAGAAGAAGGUGACCUGGCCACUCUGGAAUCUGAAGACCAGGAAGAAGAUACAGAUAUGGGAGAAAGCUUCAUCUUGUCAAAAGUCUUUGACAUGUCAUCCAAUCUUCUUGGUCAAGCAAUGGGUGCAGCUGUGGGAGAACUGGAGCCCAUUGUCGAGCAAGAGAGCAGCCUGGAGGCCCUUACAGAGGAGGCUGGGGAAGAGAUUGACUAUGAUGAGCUGUAA